AUCUCCUGCUUGCUCUGCUGACCCCAUCUGUCCAUGAGGUCACGACCCUGGUGCCCACACGGAGACUUCAGAGCUGCCCAGGGGACCCACAGGCUGUCGUUUGGCACCACACUGCCCUGCACAAUGCUGUCCUGGCGCCUGGCCUGGGCCUUGGCCUCCUGCCGGCUGGCUCCCAUUAGACACCGAGAAUGUGGCUUCCUGCACACAACUCCGGCCACCCGCACAGACGGGGCUGCCCCAGUAUUCACCCGUGCCCCAGGCUUUGGGGACAGGACUGCCCUGGUUGACCAGCACGGCUGCCAUACCUACACGGAGCUGUACUCCCGCAGCCUCCGCCUGUCCCAGGAGCUCUGCCGGCUGCGCGGUGGCAGCAACCUCGGCGGGGAGCGUGUCUCCUUCCUGUGUGCCAACGACGUCUCCUACGUGGUGGCACAGUGGGCCACGUGGAUGGGUGGCGGCGUGGCAGUGCCCCUCUACAGGCAGCACCCCACCCCACAGCUGGAGUACGUCAUCCGUGACUCACGCAGUUCCAUCGUCAUCGCUGGUGAGGAGUAUGCAGCGCUCCUGAGCCCGGUGGCCGAGAAGCUGGGCGUCUCCCUGCUGCCCCUCACACCCGCCGUCUACCAUGGCUCUGCGGAGGAGGGGCACGUCCCGGUGCAGGAGUGGCGAGACCACGGCGCCAUGAUCAUCUACACCAGUGGGACCACAGGCAUCCCUAAGGGUGUGCUGAGCACUCAUGGGAACCUCAGGGCCAUGGUGACUGGACUGGUCCACAAGUGGGCAUGGACAAAAGAUGAUGUGAUCCUCCACGUGCUCCCACUGCACCACGUCCACGGCGUGGUCAACAAGCUGCUGUGUCCGCUUUGGGUGGGGGCCACCUGCGUCAUGCUGCCCGAGUUCAGCGCUCAGCAGGUUUGGGAGAAGUUCCUAAGUUCUGAAACUCCACGGAUUAACGUCUUCAUGGCUGUGCCCACAAUCUAUGCCAAGCUGAUGGACUACCAUGACAGGCACUUCACCCAACCACACGUCCAGGACUUUGUGCGUGCCAUCUGCAAAGAAAAAAUAAGGUUGAUGGUAUCUGGCUCAGCUGCCCUGCCUGUCCCCCUGCUGGAGAGGUGGAAGAGGAUCACUGGCCACACGCUGCUGGAGAGGUACGGCAUGACCGAGGUCGGCAUGGCCCUGUCUGCGCCCCUGACCGCUGCACGCCUGCCAGGCUCUGUGGGGACCCCGCUGCCUGGGGUGGAGGUGCGCAUCGUCUCGGAAACCCCGCAGAGGGAUGGCUGCACCUAUGCCAUCCAUGCAGAGGGAGACGAGUGGGGGACCAAGGUGACCCCAGGGUUCGAGGAGAAGGAGGGGGAGCUGCUGGUCAGGGGGCCCUCCGUGUUCCGAGAGUACUGGGACAAGCCAGAGGAAACUGAAAGUGCCUUCACCUCGGAUGGCUGGUUUAAAACAGGGGACACCGCGGUGUUCAGGGAUGGCCAGUACUGGAUCCGUGGGCGUACCUCGGUGGACAUCAUCAAGACUGGAGGCUACAAGGUCAGCGCCCUGGAGGUGGAGCAGCACCUGCUGGCCCAUCCUAGCAUCACAGAUGUGGCUGUGAUUGGAGUCCCAGAUAUGACGUGGGGCCAGCGGGUUACCGCCGUGGCAACUCUCCAAGAAGGACACAUGCUGACCCACAAGGAGCUCAGAGAGUGGGCGAGAGGCAUCCUGGCCCCAUACGCGGUACCCUCGGACCUGGUGCUGGUGGAGGAGAUCCCACGGAACCAGAUGGGCAAGGUCAACAAGAAAGACCUCGUCAGACGCUUCUAUCCGUGAGCAGUGGCUUGGCCAGACUGGGUAGGGCUCAGCUGCAGGGGCAGGUCACCAGGCCCUGCACAUAUCCCUGUGCCCGCGCCCCUGCCGGCCUUCUUGAGGACUGAGCCCCCACCAGGUUGACAGAGCCAAGAGCGGACCAGAAUGGGGUCACCGGGGAAAACCUGGGCCGGUUUUCGUGUUUCAAGGGGACCCGGCCGCUCCCCCAGUGUCCCCUAUACCUGGUCCUUGCAGCCUCUGGCAUUCGCCGACUCGCCAUGCUGUGAGACGGUGGCCUUCCACUCAGGUGCCCCAGGAUCUCAGGCUCUCCCAGAGCAGGUCCCAGGAGGGUCCCAAGGGUGUCACCUGAGAAAAGAAAUGAAAUAAAGACUCAGGAGAAAACA